CGCUGCUUCUCUGCUGUCGAUUUUCGGUUGAAGACAAGGAAUUGUUGUUUAGGUGUUACAAGAAGAAUUGAAGAUGCUAUUUUCCAGCCUUCUAUUGUUGGUUCUCAUAUCAUUGUCCUCCUUGGUGUUGGCCACAUCGAAAAAGCUUUUGCUAGUUCAUGAUGAAUCAAUUGAUUUGAAAAGUGACUAUUCAGUUUUUAUUGGUGAUCUAGCAGGCAAUUCCAAUUAUCAACUAAGUUACUUAAAUGUUGAUGAUCUGACGCAAUUGCUGGCUUUCAAGAUUUUAAAUGAAAAUGUGCAAAACCUAUAUGACAAUUUAAUUAUUUUCCCUUUACAAUCCCAAAAAAAUUUCAACAGAAAGGUUUCUUCCUCUGAUUUAAUCAAUUUCAAUAAUAACAAUGGUAAUAUAUUUAUAAUUACUAAUGAUUUGAGUUUGAAUACUGAGGUUCGACUUUUUUUAAAUCAAUUAGGUAUUUAUCCAUCCCCAAAAUAUUACAAGAUUUUUGAUCAUUUCAAUUAUUAUCAACAAGAAAACCAAGAAGAUAACAAUAGCGAAGAUCUUCAUGAUACCUUAAAAUUAUCAACAAAUGAGAUCUUGAAUAACAAUAUUGUCUCCAAAAUUGAUGACGAAUUAAUACUAUAUAAGGGCGCAUCAGCUAUAAUUUCAAAUAACGAAUUAAUUGUGCCAGUUUUAUCGUCUUCAAGAACUGCUUUUAAUUUCAAUAAAAAAAAGUCAAUUGACUAUGAUUUGACCUCCUUAUCUGAAGAUUUAACUUGGUCACUUGGAAAUCAAAAUUACUUGAUUGCAUCUUUUCAAUCCUUAUUGAAUUCAAGAGUGUCAUGGAUUGGUUCUAAUCUAUUUUUAUCAAACGAAUUUUAUUCAAACUCUAAAGACAAUAAUAGAAAGGUUGUUAACGAUUUAAUUAGUUGGACUUUUCAAAAUAAAUCGAUUUUAAAGAUUGAUUAUAUCGAGUAUUACAAGACAAAUAAUAAUUCAGUAAACAAAAGAAUUUCCAAUGAUUCAUUUAAAGAGCUUGAUGAAAUAAUUUAUAAUAUUGCCAUUGAAGAAUUUGAUGGGAAAGUUUGGAAACCAUAUGUUGCCAAUGAUCUUCAAUUGGAAAUUAUAAUGUUGGAUCCUUACUAUAGGAUUACUUUAAAACCAAUUGAAUUAGAUUCCAAGGUUUUAUCAUUUAAUGAUUAUUCCAGUUUAGAUUCUACAUCGAAUUUAACAUUUUAUUCACAAAGAUUUGAUAGCAAUAACAAUAAUUUAAUUAGUCGGUUGAAAAACUCUGGGAUUUAUACAUCAAAUAAAGUUAGAUUACCAGAUCAGCAUGGUAUUUUUAAAUUUAAAAUCAAUUAUGAAAGAAAAGGAUUGACAUUUUUAAAACAUGAACAUAGUUCGAUUGUUCGAAAUUUAGCCAGUGAAGAAUUCUCAAAAAGUUGGGAGAUAUCCAAUAGUAGAGUUUAUUUGACAUCAAUUUUUUCAUUACUUUUUGUGUGGUUAAUAUUUACUAAUUUAGUUUUAUAUAGUAUCAAAGAUAAAUUUUUGAAAACCAAAAAGAAUGUUUAGGUAUAAACGAUUCAAUUCAGUCUAAUCCGAUUCCUUUUUAUAAUUAAUAAAUAUCAAUUAAACAACAAUAAUACUA